UGGCAACAGCUCGCGGAAUCAAUGCUUUGUUUGUAUCGUUGUCCUGGGCCACGUGCGCGCGCUGCUUCAGAUAAACUUACCCACACUCAUUCUUUUACCUCCCACGCCCUUCUAACCAUACCCACACGCCUCUCAAGCUCUCAGAACACGUGUAGAUGAUUUUGCCUCUAUUCAAAACCCCUAGGGAUGCUCAGAAGUGCGUAUGAGAGGCAGGAGAAGCGUUUGAAUUGAAGGCAGACAGAGAAGAGCCCCGUGGUCUGAUCAGCUGAUGGACCCAAACAGGACGUGCGCCAGCUCUGUCUCUCAGUGUUAGCUUGGACUUGAGGGAGAAUGGACGUCGUGCCGCUCUGCUCCCGCCAUUACACGCGUUCUUCUCUCACGGCUUUUAAACUACGCACGACAGGCUCAUUGUAAACAAACGCACGUGCUUACCAAACAAACAAACAAAAAACGUGUGAACUAAACUGAAAAAAAAAAAAAAACAAGAAAAAUCAAGUAAACAAGUGGAAUGUCACCAUGUCCCUGGGAUACGACAGCAACACCACCGCCACCACCAUCACCACCACUCACCACCACCACCACUACCACCAACCACCGUCACCACAGCUACCACCACCAUCACCACUUCACCACCACCACCGCCGGGCCUCUCCGUCACCACCACGCACCACCACACACAAAGAUGAUCAGCUGUUGAGAAGAGGAGGGUAUGCUGGUGGUGGUGGUGGUGGUGUUGUUGUCUCCUCCUCCUCUUCCUCUUCUUCUUCCUCCUCCUCCUCCUCCUCCUCCUCAAUGGUGUUUGGGUCUCAAAAGGUGGAUCUCAACUCAGCAACACCUUACAGCGAUGCAACACAGACCAAGAAACACCCAGUCAACCACAUCAAGAGACCAAUGAACGCCUUUAUGGUGUGGUCGCAACUGGAGAGACGCAAGAUUGUGGCCCGUCACCCCGACAUGCACAAUGCUGAGAUCAAGCGGCUGGGCAAGAGGUGGAAGGCCCUCUCUGCCAUUGACCGCCAGCCCUACAUUGAUGAGGCGGAAAGGCUGAGACUCUUGCAUCUUCAGGAGUACCCAGAUUACAAGUACCGUCCCCGGAAGAAGGCUCGCCUCCUUCCGUCCUGCGUCCUUUCCUCCCGCUCCUCCUCACCCGGCACCUCCCCGGCCUCCACCCGAAGGAAGCGCCGCCCUGCAGUGAAGCUCCUCUCCUCCACACGCCUCCGCAUCACAGUGACGAGCCCCAAGCCCCCGCCAGCCCCGCCGAAGAGGAAGCGUGGCGGCAAGGGCAGAGGCAAAGCGGCAGCGACCUCUCCUGUAGCCGCCGCCGAGGGAGAGAAGCCCAGAAGAGGAAGAAAGAGGAAUGAAAAUAAGAGUAAAAAUAAGGAGAAUUCUGAAGGGGUAAGAACGCCCUGCGGCACUCCACGUGGGCGGCGGCGAAGGGGCGGCAACAGAGGCGGGGGUAGAGGCACCAAGAGGCUCUCCAAAGGCUUCUCCACUCCCCCCACCCCUCCCUCUCCCUCAUGUCCCUCCCCUCUUCUGUUUAUGGACGAGGACUCUGACCCUCCGUCCCCUCUCCCCUACUCGCUCCUGGAACCUUGCUCGGUCUUGGACACCCCCACGCCCUCCCGAGCCCUCCCGCCCACCUCUGAGCCCCAGGGACCCUCAGGACUCCCUCGGCGAUCUCUCCUACCUGGCUGACAUCCUACAGAUGUCACCGGAGUUCCCAGUAGACCUUGAUCUCUCCCCUGAUCUUGACCUCACCUCCACCCACACCCCUGCUUCCUCACACACCUCCCACACCUCCCCCUCCUCCUCCGUAUCCUGCUCCUCGUCGCCCGGAUCACAUUUCGAGUUUUCCUGCACUCCUGACGUGGCGGACGCCCUUUGUGACGUGGGCCUCAGCGUGGACUGGCUGGACCCUUCCCUCGGCCUCAUCUGCUCCUAAGAUGUGCUGGGCAGGUGUGUGUCGGACAGGUGUGGGCGCGAGUCAUCCGUCACUGGAGGUUUGGAAUGAUCUUCACUUGUGUACGAUGGUUAGUGGUGCACAUGUGUUUGCAGUCACGUGUGCGGGUUUUGUUAGUAUGUACGCACACUUUACUUUUCUAUUGUGUAUUGUGUGUGUGCGUAUUUGGUGCCCACACGUCCUUCGGUGUGUGUGUAUGUGAAGGUCGGAUGGAUCACCUGGGCUACCUGGUCACAAGGGCAUUGAUUACCGGGCCUCAGGUAAGUAACACAGGUACUGGCGUUAUUUGUACCUGUGUUAAUUACAUGAUGCCCUCCACAGGUGUUACCACUGCCUGUUCAGAGGUGUUGGCACUGCAGGUAGCGCCCAGGCACACGCCACUUACUGGUAACACUCAUGUAAGUCUAUAUAAGCUUGUAUUGUUUGUUUGGUAACACUGAGGGAACAAAGUAUACCCAAGCAUGUGUUGUUUGUCUGGUAACACUGGUGGAAAAGUUACCUUGUGUUGUUUGUUUGGUAACACUGUCAACAAGUACCUAUAUUGGAAAGGUACUACAUUUCUUGUUUGUCUGGUAACACUGCGAAGUAAAGCAGGCACCACUUAUUGGGAAAGUACCAAGGCGUAUGUAUCAUCUGGCAACGCUGCGGAGGACGAGGUUGUGUGUUUGGUUACCGCUGGAACAAAGGUGCCUCGUGAUGACCUUGUAACCUGUGCAGGGCAGAGCGUGACGGGGACUGUCCUCUGCACAGCACCUGUUCCUUUAGCCAUGACGUCACCAGGGGGCGCCAGGGAGCAGCGUGCACCUUGGGCUACGCUCCUCGCCCUCCUCAUCCGGACUAAUGAGGCAGGUGAAUGGGAAGCGAGGGAGAGAGAAGGAGAGAGGGACACAGGUAGGCAUUCAGCAACCCGUUUUCUCUUUCUCCCGCUCUCUCUCUCUCUUUCUCUCUCCCGUUUUUAUUGUCCACGGCUUUGUAAAGAGGAGGUUCACUUUUGGAUGCAGAAAUGAAGCUCUUUUUUUAUUUUUUCUCCCGUCAAAUACUUUUCAUCCUUUUCUCAUGUGAUUUCUUUCCUCUCUCGAGUCCGAAUGUGUCUGCAUUUUGCCGAAUUCCUGGCAGGCCUCCUAUGUAUGAAGUGUAUAAGGUAACGAGGCCCAGAGGUGUUAAUACUUAGAAUAGAGUAUAUAUACAUUUUUGAUAUCUUUUUUAUAUACAUAUUUAAUGGCACGGCUUGUUUGUACCUACGUAGUGAUAUAAAUGUCGUGUUCCCCCACCACACAUAUUGUUUUCAUUAAUUUAUGCAUUUAUUCCUUGCCCCAAACUUCCAUAUCAGUCAAUCCUUUAAUUAAGUUCGUCUUCUUUCUCUCACGGGCUGCGACAACUUUCCAGUCACGUGGCCUCUCCGUUUUCUUCAGGAUUGAGUUACUGCUACACGUUUUCUUUCAGUUCCUUUCCACUUGCACUUUCCCAAAAAAUCAUCAACUAAUUUUCUUCUUUGUAUCAAAACCAAACGGACGAAAAUACUCUUCCCGUUUUCUCCUUUAAGUUUCCAUCAUCUCGUUUUCUUUGAGCUUGCACUCUCGAAACCAUCCAUGUUAUGAUCUCUGUCCUCAGUUGUCGUCCUUGUCUCAAUAACAAUUAGACGGUAAAGCUGUAACGCACUGGAUGUUGUUAUUGUUGUUAUUGUUGUUGCUGUGAAAGUUAAGACUGGCAGCUGCUAACCCAACAAAUGCCUAUAAUUGGGCAAUGUCACCCCCCCACUCCACACUCCCCCCUUAGGUACAGUAAUGAGAGAAAACUGACUCCCUCCAUGGCAAACUAUCGUUAAUUUGGGUGUCAGUGCAGUGAUGAGUUUGUAAAAUGUGUGAAAUUGAAUUGGUGAAAGACAGACCGAGGGGAAAAAAAAAAAAAAAAAAUAGGGGAAGAAAAAAUAGUUUAUAAGUGAGGUGAAAAAGAGUCAUGAAGAGAAAAGUGUGUAAUUACGAGUAUUUUCCGACAUAAAUAGUGAAAACAGCAACAAAGGAAAGGAAACAGAGGAGAUUCAACAACCACACGAUAAAACACACAUGAAAACACAACACAAUGGACAAAGAAGGUAAAUAAACAAUAAAUACACCACAAAUGAAAAUGAAAGAGGAAACAUUACAAGAAGUUGGAAAGAGAUGAGAUAAAAAAAAUCAUGAAAAAAGAAACGCAUCCUAGUCUUUGCUACUUAUAAAAGAGAGAUAGACCAAAACAGAAGAAAGAGAAAGGAUACAUCUUUCAUAAUUGCUUUUCACAAACAAGUACGAGAAGAGAAAAAAAAAAAAAAAGAAA